GUUGUUCAGAAAAACAAAACAUUUUUGUUUGUCUUGUAAUUGUUGAGUAAUCUGAAGUAAAUACAAGAUAAAAUAUUCUGUUUAAAUAAUUUAAUAAUUAAUAUUUGUAUCUUCUUAGAUUGUAAUGGUUGCAAUGGUUCCGAAAGAUGAGAGUUCUGGCAAACAACUAGAGUCAAAUGACAUUGAUAAAAAAGGGUCAACUGAUGCAGGACCGGAUCCUACUGCUCCGAUUACUAGACGAGGUAUUUUAACGUCUUUAUUAAAUGGAAAACCUAUGGAAAUUCCUGAAUCUGAUGUACUUGGCAAAUGCAGAUUCGUAUCAGAAUUCGAAAAAUUAAAUCGUAUAGGAGAAGGAACCUAUGGAAUAGUUUAUCGUGCAAGAGACACAAAAACUGACAAAGUAGUAGCCUUGAAAAAAGUGCGAAUGGAGCAUGAGAAAGAUGGACUACCAGUCAGUGGCCUGCGUGAAAUAAGUGUUCUUUUGUCUUGUCGACAUGAAAACAUUGUCCAAUUAAAAGAAGUAGUCGUUGGACGAAGUCUAGAAAGUAUAUUUUUGGCAAUGGAAUACUGUGAACAGGAUUUGGCUAGUCUUUUAGAUAAUAUGCAGACACCAUUCUCCGAAAGCCAAGUCAAAUGUAUCAUGCUUCAAGUAUUAAAAGGAUUACGGUAUCUUCAUCAUAAUUUUAUUGUUCAUAGAGAUUUGAAAGUUUCCAAUCUUCUUAUGACUGAUAAAGGAUGCGUUAAAAUUGCUGACUUUGGAUUGGCACGUUGGUUUGGUUUACCUUUGAAACCAAUGACUCCUAGAGUUGUUACUUUGUGGUAUAGAGCUCCUGAAUUAUUGCUACAAGCUAAAACUCAAACUACUUCCGUUGAUAUGUGGGCUGCGGGCUGUAUCUUAGGUGAAUUACUCGGUCAUAGGCCAUUACUACCAGGGAGAUCAGAAAUUGCUCAAUUGGAAUUGAUAGUCGAUUUACUUGGAACACCAAGUGAAGCGAUUUGGCCGGAAUUCAAUUCGCUGCCAGCUUUACAAAAUUUUACUCUUAAACAGCAGCCUUAUAAUAAUUUAAAACAGCGAUUCCCUUGGCUGAGUGCUGCAGGUUUAAGGUUAUUGAACUUCCUUUUUAUGUAUGAUCCAAAAAAACGAGCAACUGCUGAAGAGUGUUUACAAAGUAGCUACUUUAAAGAGGCCCCUUUACCAUGUGACCCAAAACUCAUGCCGACGUUUCCCCAACAUCGGAAUAUGAAAAAAACCAGUCAACCCAAAGAGACUAAAGAACCUGAGGCAACUUCUAGUGAUCAAACAAAUAAUCUCCCAGCAAUAUCAGAUCUUCUUGGCUCUCUAGUGAAAAAACGUCGCGCUGAAUGAUCUCAAAGACAGUAAUAUCAAACAAAACUUUUAAAACAUCAUGAUUAACAAUACAUAAAACUAUUGUGUCCAUCAGGUAUUUUAAUUGUAGACUGAGUUGACCAUGAAAAUUUUGCAUCAUAUAAAAAAAAAUUUUAAAUGCCAAUUUGAUACCAAUAAGAUAAUCAAACUUAAUAUUACGUAUUUCUAAACUCUUCUCUCUGAAGUCGUAGCUUCAAAACGUUUUUUGUAUUCUCCUUUGGGGUCAUAUUUAGCAAGAAGUUUUUCCCAAUCGUUAGCUCGUUUGGACUUCAAAUGAUUGAUUACUUUCUCCACUGUUUCCUUUGUUUUUGCAUCACAUUGACUGCAUCCAGAUUUCAGAGCAUUAGGAAGAGUUUCUACAAAAUAAGAAGUGAUUAUUUAAUUAAACAUGAAACAUUACCAUGUAAUAAUCAUAUUAAUUAAAAAAACAUUAAUGUAA